UUCGCGGGCAAACAGAACUAUUCGUCUUUCUCUACCUAGAACUAUCUGCUUGGAAUUUGUUCCGAGGAUACUCGAAGCGUAGUCAUCAUCUCGUGGAGGGUUCGUUACGAUCAACUCUUGUGUAUGCGACUGGGGAUGAAAGAGCGUACCCACCGCGUUAUGUAGACAACAGCCACGACGUUAAUCUCGGGAUUUACCCCUCGGCUUUCAGUCUCCUUCACUACUAUCUGUUCUCGUAUAGCGAUAUUACCUGGUAAUAAUCAUUGGUCUUAUACAUAGAAGAGAACAUCCGCUCGCACACAACAUAGCUAGGCUUCUACUUUCGAUUCUCCUCUGUUUCGUUUCCGUCUCUUUCUUCACGAUGUGCACAUUUUACCGUGCAACUGCAUGCCAUGGUGCGCUCACAAGACAAAGGGUUCGUGCAUCUGGAAGAUGGUUAGGUACUUGCGCUUUCCAGCGCAAUGCUGAUCGCGUGACUCCACGUUGAGGCAGAGAAUCACAGACUGCUUUACGACAGGCGCUCUUUAAAUUGUUUGGCGAUCGAUCGAUUUCGAAUAUUAAUUAAUAUUGACUUUCCUGUGGAAGAUAGGGAUCGAGAACCAUCGAUGAGUACACGCUUGAAGAAAAUUGAGCCUUUAGAUAGACCUCGUUUAAUUAAAAUAGAUCGGUUAUAUAUGAAAAGUUUUAAGUGGAGGGUCGGCAAAGUCAUCGAGCCUUCUGAUCUCGAUAAAUUCUUUAAUAGAAUUCUCCCCUGAUAAAUAAGUAAAGAAAACCCGCGCGCAAUACGCAUGAACAUCGUUGAAGCUGGAAAUAAAUAAGGUGGAAAUAAGGAAUAUCUGGAAAUAUACCUAUCGCUCAUAGAACGCUGUGAUUUAUUGUGUUAGCUGUGCCAAUUUCUCGUUUGAGAACAUAGGCAGGGAGCUGUAUUCCAAGAGCUCGUCUCGUGGGAUUGAAAUAUGAAUACGAUUCUAGCAUCACGUGUUUGCGCGUGUAGUAGGAAUUCAGAGGCACGUACGCGUCAUAUGUAGCAUAAGACAUGAUCCAAUGAAAUUGACAGCUAAGCAUCGUGUUUCACGAAUAAAAAAAAUUCUACGAGUUUCGACACACCGACGAAUUACACGAAAAUGGGUAAUUAACCAUCGUAUGCAGCGCAGCUCGAGUCGAAACUUGCCAUCAAAAUUACCUCAAAAUUUAAUGUUUACUCAAUUAUCGAAAAUAGUCGAACAUAGUCAAAGGCUAUGAUACCUUGUUAAACGUGAUAGUACUGUUAAGUUGUAAACUGAAAAAUAAUAAUCAAGGGAAAGAAAAUUACCGUGUCGACGAAGCGAUAUCGAAGCAAAGUAAACCGUUGCUGCCUCUUGAGUCGGUUCGUUCGUUUUAUAUCGCUAGAGUGUCGUCGGCAAAUCUUAUUUAAGGCAGAUUUAUCGCUGGCCCAACCCUGAGAUCGAGCUAUGAUAUUACGCUGGACUCGGAUGCGCUAUUCACAUCGCGACUCUUCGGCUCAAAAAGUGUCAUAACUCAAAAGCCGAGCGCCUCUUCGAGCACUUCCGCCGCUCCAGCACAUCGUGUGCCAAAAUCCAUCCUCUUCUCAUCUCUCUGUCCCGUUUCUCCGUCGGCGAGAAUCAUCUCACUCCACGACAGACCAGAUAGAAUUCUGUAGUUUUUGUUAAUAACGUAAGGAUCGCUUACGGAAAUAAAAAAAUUCCCCUGCUUCCUGUGAACGUUAUUUCUUCGAACUCUAAUGCAUUGACCACGAGUUCUUUGGGUAACGAUAUAACCCGUCGAACAUGAGAACGGUAACUUUUUUGUUCGUGGAUUUUGGCGUUAGUCUUCGAGAGUCGUAAAAGCUGUAUCUUGGAACUUACUCCGUAGAUAUUUCGCCAUACGAAGAAUCUCGAUUAACUCGAAACUUCUUUAUCCUGAUAUACAUUAAAAAUAGAGAUUUACCUGUAUCUUUGCUGUAGUAAACCGAACUCGAUUUGUGGUUCUAUGUUGACGAUUACGUUGAAACGUGUCUCGAAUAAAGCCAUGCUAGUCCGCGUAUUUAAGAGGAUGCAUAAUACGAAAGCACACGGAACCGAUGGAGAAGCAGCUUCCGGAGCGCGACGUUGAGUUACGAUAUAAUCGCAUUUCUAUACAAUCUUGAUGUAAGAUGGAGUUUCAGCCGAAAUGGAGCAUGCGAUCGCGGCAGAGAGCUGUUUCCACGAAGAAAGUCGUAAGGCAAACUCGUAACGCAAUCUGUAGGAUCUAUCGUGCAUGACGAGCAGGCGAUGCCAUGAUCGAUACGCGUGUGUCGCCUGGUUGAAGAAACAAAUGCCUUUUGCCGGAGUUUCAUUUUUUCGUACUCUUUCCCAACGAAUUCCAUUAGUGCGACCGGAUUGGCUAAUGUGCGCUCGAGCGAGCAUCGAGCGACGCUUUUUGCGGCCACGGCCCGCUUGAAUAAUUGUGUUUUGCAACGUCUGCAGCGACAAAGUUCCGGGCAUGGAUCCAAAGAAGAAUUAAGCUGAGGGAAACUUUUAAAGUGGACCUAUAAAAGGAACAAUAUCAUCGGACCGACCUAUUCAGUUUUCGAACGAUCGCGGAGGAAUCGUAUCGAUCGUUCGAUCUAUUCUAUCUGUUUACCGGAGUAUAGCACGACCAUUCGACAGUGAUAUGGCUUUUAAAAUUUCUUUAACGGCAAUUCUGAUGCUGUUGGUUCUAUUUCACGAGAGAGCCGACGCGGGCGGUCACGCGCACUCUUUUCAACAUUUCCACGGACCCGUGAUAGGCAAUGCUCGAGAGGUGACUUGGAAAGACAAGCACGGUCACCACGAUCAUGAUUACGUGGCACAUCCGCACUACGAGUUCUCAUACGGCGUCGAGGACCAUCAUACCGGCGAUUAUCAUGGCCAAAAGGAGCAUAGAGACGGUAAAGAAGUAGUCGGUGAAUACACAAUAAAAGAGCCCGGCGGAAAUAUUAGAACGGUGAAAUAUCGCGCUGGAAAGGAUGGAUUUUUCGCUCACGUUCUUAACAGCAACGGUAACGACCACGACGUAGGACACCACCAUUAAACGAAACGUUGUUUCAUUCAUUACCAAAGAUUUCUUGUUACGUUGCGAUUGUUGUUGUUAUGCAACGUUGAUUGUUUCGUUUUUUUGUUGUUGCACUGAUUAAAAAAAGAGAGAAAGAAAAAAAGGUAAAUCGAAA